CCUGGCGGGGGGAAAGCGGCUUAUCCCCCUCCUUCCCUCCCUCCGCCGGGUUGCCAUGGAGACGGGCGGGCGGCGGCGGCGGGGCUGUCACUGAGGGAUCGCACCGCGCUCCGCGGCGGAGGGAAAGCCGCGGCGGCCGCGGCAGCAGCGGCAGAGGCAGAAAUGGACUCGCACUGCGACUGUGCCGAGCCCCCGGCCGCCGAGCAGCCGUCGGGGAGGAUUAACAAAACCGCCUUCAAGCUUUUCAGGAGGAGGAAGUCCGGGGGAACCAUGCCGAGCAUCUUCGGGGUGCGGAGCCGAGGCGGGGAGGGGAAGGGCGCCGGCAAGCCGGGGAUGGUGCGGAGCCGGACGCACGACGGCUUGGCCGACGCGGUGCUGGAGAGCAGCAAGAAGGAGGAACCGAGCGGCGGCGAGGCGCAGGCCCGCGAGGUGCGGGAGCGGCCGGCCGGCAGCAUCGGCGGCCCCGCCGGCAGCGCGGUGGCCAAGUCGCACAGCUUCUUCUCGCUGCUGAGGAAGAACGGCAGGCAGGCGGAGGGAGCGGAGCCGCGGGCCGGCGGCAGACAAAAGAGGGGGCUGAAGGGGAUCUUCAGCAGCAUGCGGUGGCACAAAAAGGACAAAAACGGCAAGGAGGAGAGGGGGGAAACCUCGGACAUCCCGUCCGGCCUUAUCAUGCCGGGGUCCCUGACCGCCAGCCUGGAGUGCAUCAAGGAGGAGCCGCCGAAACCUUUGUCUGAGAGCCCGAGCGGCGCGGGAGACGCCGGGCCGGAGCCGCCGCGGGAGAAGCGCAGCGGCGAGGCGCCCGCCGCGGCCCAGGAGCCCGAAGCGGGCGGAGCGGAGCCGCGGGCCAGCAGCCCCCCGGCCCGGGAGGAACCGCCCGCCGCAGCGCGGCCACCCGAGGAGCUCAGCCGCCAGCGACCGGAGCCGGCCGCCGGAGAGGUUGGGACCGCGAAGGAUGCGGCGAUAACAGGUGACAUUCCAAUAACGACUAUCCCCCCUGUUGAACCUCACUGUGAUAGCGGUCAAGAGACGGCAGCCGCCCCUGACCCUUCCUCUGUUGAUCCACCCUCAGAGCAAUCGAUUGAUCGUAUUUGUUUGAUGUUUGCUGACGUGACUUCACUGAAAAGCUUUGACUCUCUUACAGGCUGCGGAGAUAUUAUUGCGGACCAUGAGGAGGAUGUGGGCGGCGGGAGUGGCGUCUGCGAGAAGAGCACCCCCGGGCCCAGCAAGCUGGGUGCCACCAAGAAGCACCCCACCAUGGUGGCCUACCAGGGAGGAGGGGAGGAGAUGGCCAGCCCCGACCAGGUGGAUGACACCUGCCUGCAGGAGUUCUGGGAUAUGCUCUCACACACAGACGAGACUCAGACACAAGGAGGAGGAAGCGGAGGAGGGACAAAGAAGCCCGAGGGGUUGAAGGAAACCCGAGGUACCGAGGGGGCCCAGAACAGGGUGGUGGUGAAACAUGGUGGCCUCCACCAGAUUGCCAUUCACCUGAACCACAAAGAGGAGCAGAAGAGCAGGGAAAAGGAGCAGCACGAGGGCGUCCCAAACAGCGACGAGGGCUACUGGGAUUCCACCACCCCUGGUCCCGAGGAAGACAGUUCCACAAGCAUCCAGAAGGAAACCCUUCCCAGGGAUAGCUACAGUGGAGAUGCUCUCUAUGACCUUUAUGCUGAGCCGGAUGAGAACCCACCAGCGGGGCCUACAAACGAGGAAGUCUCCAGUGUGCCACGCUCCAAGCCCGUGUCUCCAAUAACGACCGUGAGCUCACUGAAAACACCCUCGAGCACAGCCAAGGACUCCAAGAUACCCAUCAGCAUUAAACACCUUUCAUCGCAUCCCGCCAGCCAUGGAGCAGAUGCCAGUAACAGCCAUCACGUCGCACACCAUCACCUGGCCAAAAGCGAGAUGCACAGAACAAAAAUCCCCGUCUCCAAAGUCCUGGUACGCCGGGUCAGUAACAGGGGCGUAGCAGGGACAACAGUGAAAACUGCCACGUACCAGGACAGUGCCAAAAAGUAGUUGGGUAAGAGGUGGAGACAAAGACAGAGAAUGAAAUCCAUGCGGGAAAGUCUGCAUAGGAGACCACAGAUAAUGAAUUUGUUUUGCAUCACCUGAAGAAAGUCACCUAAAAGGCUUCCUUCACUGUACUCCGUGGGCCUGCACUGCUGAGUCUCUUCUUACUAGACUGUAUGGCCGAAUACAAUAAGUCAACUUCUUUUUGAGCACUUUUUUUUACAUUUAUAUCUUUUUUCUGCAACACUAAACACUCGGGAGGUUCAUUUUUACAUGCCUUUUUGGAAACAGGACUUGGAUUAUGACCAUCCUUCCUUGUGCAAAGCAGUGUCAUGAGUUCUUCAAGGGAACAGAGUUACAAGAGGAGCGACAUGAGAGGUUCUCCAAUACACUUAUCUUUUAAUCAUUCCUCGGGGAGGAGGAGAGGCCAGGUGCCUGGCUGGCUCUGGAAACGAUGUUUGCUCCAGAAGAUGCUGGAAAAAAUGCCAAGCAGAAAACAACCCACCUAACAGUUGGCUGAUGUGCAGGAGCUUCCUCCAGAGGUUACCAACCUGCAGCUCCUGUGGCCUGUCAGACCUCCCCACUGCAGAAAUGCUCCCACACAGUGAGGAUCACUCAUGCUCUGCUGUGCCCCAGCUGCCCAGCAGAGGGCUUUUCUGCAGGGCUUCUCCAGGCUUCCUGGCACUGUUGUGGGGUUGUUUAACAUGGAUCAGGAAGGAGAACGGCUGCAGAACAGGACAGAGAACUGGAGUUAGGCUGUGAUAUCCUUUCACAGAUGUCCUCCUGUGACCUUCAGUGCAGAACCACACCCCUCUGCUUUUUCCACCUCUAAAUGGGGAUUGCUGGCCUUCUAGGGGAAAGGUUUCAUGAGGCCAAAUUCUUCAAAUUUUGUACCACUGCAAGUGUUUUAUUUAGGAUGUCUUUGUACUCUGCUGUGAACUGGCAGCAGGAUGAGAUCCUCUCCAGGUGUGUGUGCUGGGGCCACAGCCCCACAGUGCCAACAGACCAGGCAGAAGGAAGGUGUGGGCAUCUGGAGAAACUGAACUCACCCAGAAGAAAUGUGUCCAGCUGGAAAAGGCACUUGCAGGACCAAAGAAUGCCAGAGUUUUAGUCCUGCUUCUCCUACUUCCCUGCUGUGUACUCGCAUGUGAACCAACCCAGCCCCUUGCUGGGCAUUUGCACAGUGCAAGUGUCAUUUGCUGGAAUGUCUUCUGCUCCAGCUAUUCGAGCGUGGUACCAGAGAUCAGCCCAGCUUGUGCCAGCUCCAGGGACUGCUCUCCUCCACGACUCAAAGGUUUGAUGUGAGUUAGCUCCGUGAUACCCUUCACCUGGAGAGCGCCAUGGGUGACACAUGUGACAAGUUCCCACCUGUUGCCUCACCCUGACCAACCCCUUCUGAGUGGCUUUUACAGAACAUUUCCACUGAGGGCCCGUGACAUACAGAAGGGCUUGUGUGCUACACAGGCACUCUGGCUCUCAGGCUCUGACCCUGCUCUCGGUGGUGAUGGGUGAGAUCUUCGCACGUUGCUCAGGCUGGGAGAGGAUAAGGCCUCUGCAGAGGGGUUUUGAACCCAUGGAGUGUUAGAAAAGCUACAGUGCUUACAAGGCAUAACUUCAACCGCUGUACAAUUUAUAAUUUCCUUUAAUUUCUUGAAGCACUCUAAUUUUUACACUGUUGUGAAAGGAUCUUUGUUUACAAUGAUUGCAAAGGGUAAUAUUUCCAGCAUGGGUAACCAUGGCAAUGAAUAAUUCUAUUCUUAGGAACUGUGCCAGCUGCACUAAGGCCUUGUAGUAGCACUCAAGCAGUUUGCUAAUGAGAGAAUUCUUGUUUAUUGUAGGAGGACAUUUUCCCGUGUCCACACGUUAGCCUGGUAAUUUCUGAAAAGCACAUUCUUUAUCAGUAGUACAUGGGAAAAAAAACCCCCAAAACAAGCCAAAACAAGCUCUGUCACACAGCUCCUCUCAAAAAGUAACAUAUUCACAUGUUCUUUUUUUCUCCUCGGAAACUGUACUAUAAGACACAUUUUAAAACUAAAUCUAUGGCAUGCAACAGUAUGCUUUGUUUUUACUACCGCCUUCUACGAUAAGAAUGAGCUUAGGAUGCUCUAGAGCAGCAGUUUCUUGCAAAAA